AUGAGGCUCACUGCGGACCUCAUCCACAACUCCCUGUCAUAUCUGAACCCCCUCAAAGAGCGUGAACUCGAUCUCCGAGGCCAUAAAAUCCCCACCAUCGAGAACUUGGGCGUCGCAGGCCCGCAAGAUGCGAUCGACUUCACCGACAAUGACAUUACCACCAUCUCCAACUUCCCUCUUUCCCCGCGGUUGAACACGUUGCUGUGUGCGCGAAAUCGAAUACAGAGCGUGGACAAGAGGAUCGCAGAACAGAUACCCAACCUGACAACGCUGGUCCUGACGUCAAACCAUGUCAAGGAGCUCGCUGACCUGGAGGGUCUGGCGGCCUGCGGGGCAUUGACACACUUGAGUUUACUGGACAACCCGGUAACGAAGAAAGAGCACUAUAGACUCUAUCUCAUCUGGUCAAUCCCCUCACUACGGUUCCUCGAUUUUCAAAAAGUGCGACAAGUGGAACGAGAGCAGGCACAGGAGUUGUUUGGCUCAGCGGAAGCCCCCACCGAGUUGGCCACGAAGAUCAAGGGACUCAAGAGCCGGACAUUCGACGCUUCGUCAAGCGGCGUCAAUGGCAAGGCUCCCGCCGCCCAAAAGGGUGUCCGGACACGGUUGACCGAGUCGGAGAAAAAGAGAGUGGAAAUGAUGAUUCAGAAAGCCAAAAGCUUUCAAGAGAUCGAGAGAAUUGAGAAAGAUCUUGCGGAAGGCAGAAUACCUGCUGGUGCAGCAGACACCGACAGGAUGGUCUCUUAG